CUAAAACUGUACAUUAGUGAGAAGGAUGUGGUAUGGACCCAAAUGCAGUACACAGGCGCUCAGGAACAGUUGGUAAUGACCUUUAUUUUCACCACAGCAAACAAGGUACGGAGCAGACUGAAUAAACACAGAAUAAAGUUCGUUCUUCGGGCUGAAAGCCCUCACACAGUCUCUGGGGCUCAGACGAGGGGAAGAGACGCGGCCGGAGUCGGCCGUGGAACCGAGGGGAAGCUCCUUAGCCCCAGGCUCCAAACAGUUCAGUUCUCUUUUGGUGUGAGGGGUCGUAGCCAGAUGAGCAGUCCGCGAAGGCAGAGGCACCGAUGGGGAGCAGGCAGGAGGAUAAACGAGGCCAGGCGGAGGAGUCGUUACCAGCCGAGCAGUCAGAUACCAGAAACACUGAGGCAGAGCACGAGGUCAGGGACAGAAGGCAGUGAUGCGGUGUCCCACAGUCCGCCUCGCCACAAGAAAAGCCAUCCUCCACCCACUAAACUCUGUGAAGGUUGCAAAGAGAUCCUUGACAAAGUGAAAGAGCUUUAUUCUAAAACCUGGGAGAAGCACGAGUACAAUUACCAAAAAAUCAGAUUACAGCUGAGCUCUGAGUGCAAUGGUUUUGACAAGGCCAUCAUUACUCAGGCCAACACUCCGGUGGGAUCUCAGAUUGUGUACGACGGGGAAAAGACGAGGACCCUCAAGGUGACGUCGAAGAUUUUUAGCACCUUCGCAAAGGAGCAUCCUUUUCAAAAUAAAACACGGGACACAUGUGCUAUUGUUGGGAACGGAGGGAUCCUGACCAACAGCAGCUGUGGAAAGAUGAUCGAUUCAGCUCAGUUUGUUAUCAGGUGCAACCUACCUCCUUUGGAAAAUGGCUAUGAGGAAGAUGUGGGCAUCAAGACUGACCUUGUGACAGCAAAUCCAAGCAUCUUUCUAUUCAAGUAUCAAUCUCUAUUGGAGCGCCACCGUCCUUUUGCGGACAGCCUGCAUAGCUACGGCAACUCCCUGCUGCUUUGUCCCGCCUUCUCCUAUGGCUUUAACACUAAUGUGUGCCAGCGGGCUGCCUACAGUGUUGAAGACUUUGAAAUCCCCAUGCGGCCUGUGUACUUAAAUCCCGACUACCUCCUGAGUCUGGUCCGCUUCUGGCGCUCCCAAGGCCUAAAAGAAAAUCGACACAGCACCGGCCUCAUGAUGGUUAGCCUGGCGCUGGAACUCUGUACCAACGUGCAUCUGUACGGGUUCUGGCCCUACGGUAAUCACCCGCAUGGACUCUACGCCCUGAAUAACCACUACUAUGAUGACGUAGCACCUAAAAAAGGAGUCCACACCAUGUCGAGUGAGUUUGAGCUCUUGUUGCGGCUGCACAAUCAGGGGAUUCUCAGGCUUCACCUGGAAGAUUGUUCAUCAGAUUAAAGUUCCCAAAACUGUGUUUAUCAUCACCAAUGUUCCAGCUUGAGGCCGGAGGGAGUUAUUUUAUCUUUUUUUGAUUUAAAUUAUGAUCUUUUUUGAGGACCCUGUGGGGGUUAUAUUGCAGUGCCUUAUAUUACACAAUCGCUGAUGACAGUUAAAUAACUGACCAUGGGAUAAUUUGCUUUUGUCUUGAGACUUGUGUCAGUCUUGUGUAAAUCGGAGCAUUGCCUUUCAUACUUUUUAAAGUCUGAACAGUGUAUUUCUCAUUCAGAGAAAUAAUUUACAUAAUGAAGGUGACUAAACUAGAUAACUCUUUUUGAGCCAGUUUUAGAAUCAUGUGGGUGUUUCUAUUUUUGGAAAAAUGUUAAAGUGAAUAAA